UUAAGAUUGCAAUUACAAAUUUUAUAUCUUUGGUUGAUCGAUCAAUAUUUUAGGUAAUAGUGUAAUUAUAGCUAGCUGCUAUUUGUUGAAUAUAUUUUUUCUUAAAAAAUCAAAAUUUAAUUACUGUCUGUGAUGCUUACAUUUGUAAAUAGUAGGUAAAAAUUUGGAUAUAUUACUAAAGAAUUGUAUAGAUAUUAUUUCUUUUGGAAAAAGCAAAUAUUAAGUUUUAUAUAAAUUGAAAGAAGCUUUAUAAAACAAAAACGUUAAAAAAUGGAAAAUUUAGCUUAGUUUUAUCCAAGGUAAAAUGGUAAAUUAUAAAGGAAAGGGAGUUUCUUCAUUUCGGAUGAAGUAGGAAAGAAAGUAGAAAUAUUUAUUUAAUGCAGAUAAUUGAAGAACGUCGACAUUCUUUCAAAGAGUGAUCCGUACGUUAUAAUGAAAGUUAAAAAAAAUAGGUCGAUCUUCAAGAAAUAGGAUGGAGAAAAAGAUGAUAAAAAUCUUUGGAUUGAAUUAGGGAGAACAAAUGUGAUCUAAGAUAAUCUUAAUCCUAAUUUUAUUGAGAGUUUUAUCGUCAAUUAUAAAUUUGAAGAGUAUCAACCAGUGAAAUUUGAAGUUUGGGACUAUGAUUCACCUUCAAGAAGCAAUUUUUUAGGACAAGUAGAAUGCUCCUUAGGAGAAAUAGUUAAAUAGCCUAACCAAAUACUGGUACUUAACUUAGCUGAUGAUUAAGGAAAGAUACAAUAUGAUGGUUAAAAGAAUCCGAAGAAUGGAAAGAUUAUGAUUAGAUACGAAGAAGUAUUUGAAUCAAACGACAUUGUUAUGUUCUAACUUUCAACUUAAAAGGUUCAUGUUUCAAGAUUUAUUUUAAACCUCUUCUUAAGAAUCUAUCGAAAAUCAGAGAAUGGAUAACCUAUUCUAAUUUAUUAAUCAUCUAAUUCCGGAAAAAGUAUGAAGAACAAAACUAUUAAGUUAGAGGGUUAAAAACUUUGCAAUUCAGAUUAUAAUGUUCCUGUAGUUUUUGAAGUUUGGAAUAAAGGCGUGUUCGGAUCUGAAGAAUUUAUAGGUUACUUUGAAGCUUCUGUCAAUGAGCUAAGAGAUAAAAUGGAAAGAAUUAAAGAAGAAGGCUUGAUACCUGUUCAGUUUAAGCUUAAGCAAGACAAUCGAAAGAAUUCGAUACAUACUGACAACAGCUAAAUAGGAACUGUAACUUUCCAUAAAACGGAAGUUAUAACGCUACCUUCAUUCUUAGAUUAUCUAAGAGGAGGAACUCAAAUAAAUUUAGUAAUUGGAAUUGAUUUUACAGGUUCAAAUAAGGAUCCUUCUGAGAAAAAUAGUUUACAUCAUAUAGAACCUUCAAGUAAUAAUAUGCUGAAUUCUUUGUCUAUUAAUUCAAUGAAUUAAUAUUAGAGAGCAAUAUAUGCAGUUGGAAAAAUACUUAUGGAGUAUGAUUAAGAUAAGCUGAUUCCUACAUAUGGUUUUGGUGCAGAAGUUGAUGGAGAAGUUAGACAUGCCUUUCCAUUAAAUAGAAGUGAAUCAAACCCAGAAUUAUUUGGAAUACAGAGUGUGCUAGAUUAAUACAAACAAUUUUUAAGUAAUCAUCCUAGAUUUAGUGGUCCUACAUAUUUCGCUCCAUUAAUAGAAAAGUGUAUGGCUCAAGCAUAGCAAAGUUUAGCAGAAAAAAAAGAAGAUUAUUUUGUUUUGCUUAUUUUGACUGAUGGUAUUAUUCACGAUAUGGAGCAAACAAAAAGGCUUAUAGUAGAUUGUGCAAGACUUCCAAUUAGCAUUAUCAUAGUUGGUGUAGGUGGAGCUAACUUUAAAGACAUGAAUGAACUAGAUGGAGACGAGGGAUUACAAGAUUCAAGAGGAAAGCUGGCAUAAAGAGAUUUAGUGCAAUUUGUUGAGUUUAAGAAAUUUGAAGGCAAUGAUAUCCUCUUACAAAAAGAAGUUCUACAAGAAUUACCUGAUUAAAUCGUAGAAUAUUAUCUAUUAAGUAAAAGGCUCCCUGAAGGUUUCGAGUAUUAGCCCCAUAUUAAUUACAUAGAAUUCACUAGAAUUAUAUAGGAAGAAAAAUCAAAUAAAAUGAAAUAGAGCAACUCUCCCUUUUAAAUGUUUAUCCAUGCCAUUAUCAUUGUUGCAAUAUUCAUUAUAAUCACAAAUCUUAUUUUCUGAUAAACUAACUAAAAAGUGUAAUAAAUAUAUAAAAGUUAAGAAACACCUUAGUCAAUCUAGCAAAUACUUUACAAAUAAAAAUAUACUAACUAAUUAAUAUAUAAAAUCACAAUUUUGUAAAUUAAAAAUGAAUUUUAUUUAUUAUAUUAAUCAAUUUUAUAAAUCCUAUAUAAAGUAUGUAAAUAUAUUUUUUAUUUUACUUACAAAUAAAUACAUUUUUUUGUUUUUUUCCUUCCA